GUUGACAACUGAUUCGGCCGAAACUCCUUAAACCACGUGCGAGGUUGAAAGUGCAUUUCGGUUUUUUUACCAUACCAACUGCCGUGACGGACAGUUCGCUAACGGGAUUUCUUCUCUGUACCUUGGUUGGACCGCAUGGACCAAAAACCAUAGUCUUCGUGCGUCAGACCAAACAACCAUCUAAAGUGAAAGGCAUUCAACAUUAGAGCUAUGAACUAGUUAGAAGCGACCAAUAAGACUGAUUUAUAAUAAAACUGGGAGCAAAAUUCAACAAAAUGAGUUACAGGGAAAGGGACUAUUUAUACAACGAAAAAAAUGGCGCCAGCAUACAACCAAGACACGUUGGUGGCGAUGAGACCAACGAACGGACUCGUCUACAGAAACCGGUGAAAUUGCAACCGUCUUGGGAAGAAAAUAAUUUGCCAGAGGCCGAAUUGAAUUUCAAAAAUCUCACGAUGGACGAGGCCAGUUUGCAGAUUCACACGCCGCCCGACAAGUAUUCGUUUGUAUAUAUUAUAUUUUUAAUACACGGUAUCGCCACUCUGUUGCCUUGGAAUAUGUUCAUUAAUGCCAUUGAUUACUUCAUAAUCUUCAAAUUGGGAGGAGGGUCUCUUGGAUACACUUUCCCCUACGUAUCAAAUUUUAUGCAGAUUUUGACUUUCUGUUCGCAAGUUCCUAAUGUGAUUUUCAAUUGGUUUAACAUUUUCGUGCCUAUCAAGGGUGAUUUAACAUUAAGGAUAAUGUGGAGUAUAGUUAUAAACAUUUUACUCUUCAUAAUAACUAUAGUCUUGGCUAUGGUGGACAGCAGCUCAUGGCCUUACGGUUUCUUUUAUGUUACUAUGAUUAGUGUUGUCGUAUUGAAUAUGGCAAAUGGAGUUUAUCAGAACACAGUGUAUGGUAUGGCGGCAAAGUUACCGCCAAAAUAUACAGGCGCUGUUAUUUUGGGAAACAAUAUUUGCGGUACUUUCACCACCCUCGUGUGUAUAGCCUCCCAGUACGUUACAACGAGUCAAAAAAUGGCUGCCAUUUGGUACUUCAUCACUGCCCUAUUUGUCCUAUUGAUUGGUUUUGAUACUUACUUUGCUUUACCGCUCAAUCGAUUUUACCGCCAUUAUGAUAUAAAUGAUAAGAAACAGCAGGAAAUGAGGAAAUCUGCUGAUGAUAGCUCGGAGAGACCGCCAUUUGGGUACAUCUUUAAAAAAGCUUCACCACAACUCUACAAUGUUUUUUUGAUAUUCUUUGUAACUUUGGCCGUAUAUCCAUCUAUUCAUUCAGAUAUCAAAGUCAGCAGUGAUACAUUUUUUAUACAAGAUGAAUUCCUCUACAAACAAGUUUUAUGUUUUUUGACAUUCAACGUCGGAGCCAUGAUAGGCAGCAUUCUUCCAACCUUUUUCAUUUGGCCAUCAAAGAAGUACCUCUGGAUUCCAGUUACUCUAAGGUUGCUCUACAUCCCAUUCUACUUAUUCUGCAACUAUUUGCCCAAUAGUAGAAUUUUGCCAGUGCUGGUAACCAACGAUUACGUUUAUUGGUUUGUUGCAGCAACAAUGGCCAUUUCUAGUGGUUAUUUGAGCGCUUUGGCAAUGAUGUAUACACCUAGUACUGUUGAAAGCCAUCACGCUUCAAUAGCUGGAAUGUUUGCAGGAGCAGCACUGAUUUCAGGCAUCUUCGGCGGGAUCCUGAUAUCUUUCCUCUGGCCCUGGUUUGUCAGUCAUGUCGGUUGGUAACAAAAGUGCGAGGUAUACGGCACAGAAUGGGAAUUUUCGAUAAGGUUCCGAUGAAACUUACAACUCUUGGACCGUAUACCAUGUUUAAAUGAAACACUGUUAUUGUUUUUGUCCCUUGUUGUUGGAGGAAAAUUAGGUAGGUAGUUUUUUUACUUAAUUAAAAAAAAGAAGUAAAGAAAGUUACUGAUUAUAAUAUUUAGCGCCCGCAAAAAAAACAAUCAUAGCUCUUCCAGAUGAAGUAGGUUGAAAUAUUUUUUUAAAAAUUGUUGCCCAUAAACUAUUAUAGUUCAAAAUUUGUUCCAAUCUUGCUAAACAUUGCAAAGUUCCCCUAACAGGCUUAUAGACAAAGUUGGGACAGAUUCAUUACUUGCGGCCUCAAUAUGAUAAUGUGUUGAGGUCUGCAUCUAAUUUCGUCAAACACUAAAUACCUGUAAUAUUGUUUCAAAAUACUGAUUAUUAUUGAUUGUUCUGCCUGUUUUGUACCUUGGUUGUAAAUAUGACCUAAGUAUAAUUUGUAAAAAAAAUAUAUUAGAGUUAAUUAUGUCAGUGUUUUUGUUUUAACAGUAGCACAAUAACCAAAAAUUCACACAUGCGAUUUUUAAUGAGAUAUUUAAUUACCAAUUUAGGCAUGUUUUAAAUGUAAGCCUCAUCCCAUGGACAUUAUUUUAUAUGUGCCAGGUUGAUUUUUAAAAUAGCAAUCAUAAAUUUGGCAUGUUUUGUUUUCGUACAUGUUAAUUGCAAUUUUUAUAGUCCAUUCUUUAAUUCUAAACACCACUCCUAUUAAGUCCCAUUCUUGCAGGCGAUAUUGGGAAACUGCUGGUUAAUGUUGCUACUUUUGAACAAAAGCACCCGACUCAAUCGUCACUUAGUUAAAAUAAUGUAAUAGUCGAUAAACUGAGAUGAAAAAUAAUAAGUCUAAUAACGUGAACUUUACACGAAUAUAUUAAUAUCUAAUAAUAAUAAAUAAUGAUAAAUACCUAUUUACAUUGUAGAAUAUGAUAUUUUUUAAGAACUAUUUUAAGUGUUAUAGGGAUAAGAGAAACAGAUUUCAAAAGUUUAGACUCGUGCGUAUUUAAAUAAUUGUCCCUAUAAUUUCAAUUUUUAAAAAAAUAUUUUGAUUUAAUCAGAACAUUUUCCGGAUAGUAGUAGAUACAAUUAUUAAGUAUUCAAUCGUGUAAAGGCACAUUUCUAAUGCUUGUACUGUAUGUCUUCUGGAAAUAUUCUGACUAGAUUCGCCACACUGUGAAGAAGAUGCACUUUGUGAAAUUACUAUUUAUGUAUUUUAAUUUAUAGAGAUAGUUAUAUUACCUUUUUUUAAUUAUUUUAGUUAAGUAAUAUCGACACAUAUCAUUGAGGCGCUCUAUAUUUAUCUCAAUUGAGUUUUUUUUAAUUGCGAAAUGUAUACCUAACUUAUAGUUUGUUAAUUUUUUUAUAACAAUUUUUACAAAAAAUGUAUAACUAACGAAUUUAUGUACCUUAGUAAAUCAAAAAUUCCAGUCCAUAUAUUAUAUUAUAUAACCGCUUACCGAAUGCCUAUAUCAGUAGGUCUAAAAUUUGAAAUCUGGUUUUGUUUUUACUGCCAAGUUUAUUUACAUACAAUAAUUGUAAAAAAAAUUACAAUAAACUUUUUUCCCA